GUGCGUUCUGUGGGAUAACAGGCCUGAUCUCCCAGCUCGCCCGCACUCGGCCACCGCACACGGAGCACGCGGGCUUCCCGGACCAGACAGGCGCGCGAGCGGAGAAGAUCCAAACGAGAAGCAUCCCUCUGUUGGAGCAGGAGCGUGACGUCAUCCCGCAACUGCUGAAGCCCCGGAGCGGAAAUAAAGAAGAGAAACUGAUCAGUAAUCGAUAAUGGAUCGCAAGAUUCCCGAUUUCUCCGGAACCUGGAAAAUGAAAAGUUCUGAGAACUUUGAGGAGCUUCUGAAAGCGCUGGGUGUGAACGUGAUGCUGCGUAAAAUCGCCGUGGCGGCGGCCUCAAAGCCCUCGGUGGAGAUCACGCAGGACGGCGAGACGCUGUCAAUCAAAACCUCCACUUCAGUCAGGACCACCCACGUCACCUUCACCGUGGGAGAGGAGUUCAGCGAGACCACCGUUGACGGACGACCCUGCACGAGUUUUCCUCGCUGGGAGACGGACAGUAAGAUCAGCUGUGAGCAGACCCUACAGAAGGGGGAGGGGCCAAAGACUGCCUGGACCAGAGAACUAACCAAUGAUGGAGAACUCAUCCUGACGAUGACCGCAGAUGACGUGGUGUGCACGAGAGUUUACAUCAGAGAGUGAAAGUCGGGAAAGAACGACAAAAGAAAGUUCGCCCUCCUUUUCCCAACAACAACUUCCAACAGAUAACUCCAAAAGUUGACUCUUCCUGGCACAAACCGGGAUCCGCAUGUUUACGUUAGCUUCAGCCUCGGUUUCUGAAUCAACCCAAACCUAAACGUACACAGUCCUUCAUACUGACCAAACGUAUAAGCGAUAUAAACUGUAAGAGACACCAAUAGGCCGUUACCUGGGCUUGCCUUAUCCGUUUUUCCUCCGUGUUGUAUGCGAUGUCUGAGAGAAGAGGUUCAUGUUGACUGUGUGGUACUGUAGGCCUGACGUGGUCAGUGGAAAUAGAUAUGAAUAUGCGUUCAAAUAUUUAGCCUUGCCCAGUGUACGUAACGAACGUUUUAGCUUGAUAUAGGAGCGUCUGACUCCACCAAACUUCAGGUCCAGGAACACUAAACGUCGAUAUAAUAGGAUUAGCUGUGUUACCUUAAGAGAAUAGUUCAUUUCUGAUUCAACCCAUAUUUCCCAUUUAACCCAUAUAUAAUCCAUCACACAAGCCUUGUUUGCUGUCUAAAGUUUGCUUAUUUACACUCAUCGGCCACUUUAUUAGGUACACCUUCAUGCUUGUUAACACAAGUAGCUAAUCAGCCAAUCACACGGCUGCAGCUCACUGCAUUUAGGCCUGUAGAGG